AUGACGGGUCUUUUCGGGAACCGUUUCUUCACAAGAAUCUUAAAGAAAGCAACAUUCUAUGCGAUCAAAGGAGGUCGCAGAAGUCCAGAGAAGCAAAAGGAAAUUAGGGACUGGUCCGAUCUCCCUCCUGAACUUCUUUCACUCAUAGCAGAACGUGCAGGCCUAUUCGCGCUUCAGAGUUUCCAUCGUGUUUGUAAGGCUUGGAACUCUGCUUCUUCUGCAGCUUUACCUCAGAUACUUGAGACAGAACUAAACCAAGGACCUUGGUUUUUACUAUAUGAUGAUAAAAGUCCUAAGUGCAAGGUGCUAACUGGAAGUGGCAAGAAGUUGAUAAUGAGUCGCCCAGAACUGGAUAGAACAACUUGCCUUGCAACAUACCAAGGAUGGCUUCUUCUGUUCCAACAAGGAUGUGGUUCCAUGUUCUUCUUUCACCUUUUCUCUCGUCGCAGAAUAGACCUUCCACAGUUCCCAGACUCGGAACUCACUGAUCAUGUUGCAGCAGUUUCAUGUUCUCCAACGUCUCAGGAUUGUAUGGUUUGUGUUAUUAGUCGUAGCAAUGAUGCUGAAUUGGAAGCCAAGGUACUAUACCUUGGAGAAGACCAGGCAUGGACAAAACUCAAGUAUUCUCGUUCCCGAGUUUACACUGGUACAAUCAAAUUUGCUGUAUAUCACACUGGAAUAUUCUGCUUUUUCGACCAUAGAAAUGAUAGAAUUCUCACCCUAUCUACUGAAAAUCGAGCUCACAACUGGAGUGUCAUUAACUUAAUAUUCUCCCCGAAAAAUCAGUCGAGACCAGGAACAUUAUUGUUUGACAGGGGUGAGCUGAAGAAAAAGUUCGAUGACAUGAAGAAGAAGAUGGGCUUGACAAAAGGUGUUUCGAUUUCUACUUGUGGCACAAUAACACUAUCUGAAGGCUUGCCCAAGUUUAUUUUUAAUGAGAUCAUUAGUGAUCAUGCGGAAGAAUCCAAGAGAAACCAUUUCAAAGGGGUAUGGAUGCAACCAAGACUUAAACAAAACCCAUCAACGUACAAAAGAUAA